AUGAGUGCUCGGGAUAGCACUCCUACUUCAGGAAACAUAUCAGCUCCGCCACAAUCUGCAGAUGACAGCCAAGAUAUCCAUGCUGAGCAAGCACAACAGACAGAUGAAGAAGAACUUAAGCAGUAUUUAGGAGAUACACUUAUUCCCCUCCUUGCCUAUGGUAUGGAUGAGCUUGAACGUAUUCGUCCUCCGGAUCCGGUUUUAUUCCUGGCACAUUUCUUACUUCGACAUAAUCCACGUCGUUCUAAUCAAUAA